AUGGCUAAAACAGGGGCAAAAUCAGCAAAGGCUGUAAAGAAGCAAUCUAAGAAACAGGCACCAGUAGCCAAAAAAGAUGAGAGCUCUUCAGAGUCCAGCUCAGAAGAAAGCUCGUCAGCCUCAGAAGCAGAUUCAGAAUCUAGCUCAGAUUCCGACUCUGAUUCUUCAUCAGACUCAAGCUCUGACGAAGAAGAACCAUCAUCCACACUGAAGGCAAAAAAAACAGAGAAAGCUAAAAAGGCUGAAUCUUCAGACUCUGAGUCUUCUGAAUCGAGCUCUUCUGAAUCAAGCUCUGGUUCAGACUCAGACUCAGACUCAGAUUCAGAACCUGAUACGAAGAAAAAGAACACAAAGAGUAAGAAGGCUGAAAAGACUGAUGAGAAAGUGUCGAGCUCCUCUGAAUCUAGUUCUAGCUCUUCAGAGUCUGAUUCAGAGUCUGAUUCCAGCUCGAGCUCUGAAUCAGAAGAUGAGAAAGAGAAAGAGAAAGCUGCUAGCAAAUCCAAAAAGUCAUCGAAAGCUAAAUCUGAGUCCAGUUCAAGCUCGAGUUCAAGCUCAAGCUCAAGUUCAAGCUCAAGUUCGAGUUCGAGUUCUAGCUCCGAUUCAGAAUCAGAAUCAGAAUCAGAAGCUGAAGCCGUUUCUAAAACUAAAACACCAGAAAAGAGAAAAGAGGAAUCUGCUUCAGAAGAAGAACAACCAAUUCAAAAGAAGCAGAAGGUCAAUGAAGAGCCUGCUACUUUGUUCGUAGGAAGAUUAUCAUGGAAUAUUGAUGAUGAUUGGUUAAAGAGAGAAUUCGAACCGCUUGGAGGGGUUAUUGGAGCUAGAGUUAUUAUGGAGAGAGCUACUGGUAAAUCGAGAGGAUAUGGAUAUGUUGAUUUUGAUUCAAAAUCUGCUGCCGAAAAGGCCUUGGCUGAAUUUCAAGGCAGGGAAAUCGAUGGAAGACCAAUUAACCUUGAUAUGUCAACCGGACAACCACGCGCUUCUAAUCCAAGAGUCGACAGAGCUAAACAAUUUGGAGACGUACCCUCAGCCCCUUCGGACACUUUGUUCGUUGGUAACUUAUCUUUCAAUGCGCAAAGAGACAAUUUGUACGAAGUUUUCGGUCAAUAUGGUACCGUCGUAUCUUGCAGGAUCCCUACACAUCCAGACACUCAACAACCAAAAGGAUUCGGCUAUGUUCAAUACGCAUCUGAAGAUGAAGCAAAGGCUGCAUUAGAAGCCUUAAAUGGUGAGUAUAUCGAGGGACGUCCAUGUAGAUUGGACUUUUCGACUCCAAGGAGCAACAACAACUCUCCAAGACCAGCCUUUGGACGUGGUCGUGAAAGAGGAAACACUGCUUCUCCAAGGCCAGCAGCUAGAGCUACAGAAUUCCAGGGAAAGAAGAAGACAUUCGAAUAA